AUGGAUCCUCCCUCCACGUCAAAUGAAUGCCGACCAUAUCGGUCUCACAAAAUUCCAGCCUGCGAUCGAUGUCGAAAGCGUAAGUUAAGAUGUGAAGCCGACUUAUCAAAUGGUUCAUGUCGUAUUUGUCGGGAGCAAGAUGUCGAUUGUGUUAGGUCAGAGGCCUCCAAGACGAGGAAACAAACCUCUCCAAACACAAAUAACAUUGAAGUACCUUCAGUGCGUUCAUUGAAACGUCCCAGAAUAAUUGAUUCAAGCCCUUCUGCUUCUCUGAGACAUGAAAACAGAUUCCCAGAAGAUAGUACCGCUGAGCAAUCUGGUCUUCAAAGUCCCGACUAUAGUCGACAGGAAAGAUCCAAUGUUAAUGACAAGUCUUCGAUGAUCAUCGGCCCCAUCAUUGCAGAGGAUGUCCAAUUACUAGAACAAUACAUGGAAUCUCAAGCUCGUCCCGAAAGAUCUAAAAGGGGACGCUUAUAUGACACUGUAUCGGACAAUCCAAAAGAUCCCGUGAUUUAUCUCAGCGUUCCUCGACGAAGAGAAGGGCUCUCUUCAAGUGAGCGAGCAGGUGAAAAACAAAAGGAAAUCUUGGAACAAAUCCUAGGGCCAAAUGUCAGAGAAGUUGUUAAUCUUUACUUUCGCCAUAUUCAUCCUAGCUUUCCUAUCAUUGACGAACACAAUUUCAACCAAUUAUACUCCAAGGGCGAUAAAAGUUUAUCACCUGCACUUAUGUGUGAUAUAUUAGCUUCAUCUUUGGUAUACUGGAGGCAUUGCCCAAACCUCAAACGCUUUCCGGUUCCAGACCAGCGAUAUUGCUGGAAUCUGGCCGUAGAAUCACUUCAAGGAUGUUUUCUCGCACCAGGCCUCUCGACCCUUUAUGCAGCGCUUCUUGAUUUGACUGGGCGACCUAUUAUCUCGAUUACAGGCAAUACGCUUACUAGUGGAAGAUCCGUUGCUCUCGCUCAUAGCCUAGGGUUAAAUCGCGAUCCUAGCAGAUGGAGAAUAUCUGAUCAUGAAAAAAGUCUACGAACUCGUCUUUGGUGGGGUGUUUUAAUCCACGAUCGUUGGUCGAGCUUCGCCCAUGGUGUACCUGCGCAUAUUCGAAGAAAUGAAUAUGAUGUCCCGCUCCCUACACUCAAGGGACUUCUCACAGACGGCAAUCACGAAAUCUUACGCAUCCGCCCAGCAGAAUGCUUUAUUCUCCUCUGUGAGCUGACCGAAAUUCUUGGCGACAUCCUUCCACUGUUAUAUGACCGUCGAUGCAGACCAAUCACCGAGACCAACAAACUCUUGCGGCAACUCGAGAUCAAUCUUGAUGAAUGGGAAGAGUCUCUUCCACAAUGGGGGACAAAUAAAUCCAACGCCGAACAAGUAUCGGGUCUCAGCAGCCUAAAGCUCGGAUUUCUCUCGGUCAAAAUGCUACUUUGCCGUAUAGCCUUUCAUAGUGCCACACAUUCUCCCGAGCCAUGUAUAAAAGAAAAUCUCAACGAAUUUUGGAUGCCAUAUAGCGCAUAUCACAUCUGUUCUGCAACUAUCAUCCUCCUUCGCUGCGCCAUUGAUACCACUGAUACCGAAACCGCCGAGUCGUGCAAAUCUAGUCUAUCCGAGGUAAAGCAAUGGUUAGAUUGGGCACAUACUUCUCAUCACUGGGAUCUCGCCGAAAUAUGUCUCGCGCAAUGUGCAGAACCGAUUGAAAGAUUAAACGUGUCAUCGCGUUCAACGGCAACGAACGUUCGAGAAAAUAGGACUGAACAGCCGGGUAUGGAAGUGGUAGGUGAAAGUGUAGGGGAUCCAACAAAUGUACCCUUUCUCGCGGAUACAGAGAGCUUGAUGAAUGGACUUGAGUAUCCGUUUGUUGAUCUGUGGGAUAUGUUUGAGCAGGAAUAUGAAUAA